AUGCGAACUCGUUCAUCAUUGCGACGAUUAAGUCAACGAGGUCUUCCAAAUAUUUCUGAUCUGAUUGCUAUCGGUUUACAACCAAUUACGGUGGAUGGUCGUCGAUCAUCUCCAUUGAAGUCAUCCGUCGCUUUGAUGACUUCAUUGCGGUCUAAUUCAGGAGUCAGAGUCCGAAAGGGGGUUUUUGCGACCGCGUUGGAGAAAGAGAAGGCUCUUGAACCAGCUCCGAAAAAGAGGUAUCAACGUAUUCCCUAUACGGAUCAGGAUGAUUGGAUCAUUCUAAAUUAUAUCAUUACAAACGAUCUUGUAAGUAAGAUCCGGAGCCAUAGAACAUGGAUCCAACUAGAGACCGCUGGUGUGACCCUCCAUUCUGCAGAGUCGAUGCGUAGUCGUUUCAUGCACAGUAUCAUCCACCAUCUCGAAGAGGUACUGCAUUCCACUUCGGAGGGGAGGCGCAAGUACGGCAAUGCAAGCUUCGUAAAUGGGCUCUACCGAAUGUUUGCCAACGAGUCGAAGAGUCUGCAGCAGUCUGAUACUCCCACUAGUGACAAGGAGUCGCCUGUCGUUUUAUCUGAUCUCUCUUAUUUCACAAGUGAUAAUUCGGUGCAUGAUGGUGAUCCGAAUAGUUUUGCAUCUCCAAGCCUUGCCCAACCACCUCUUAAUGAGCAGUUCAGGUUGGUCGAUUAUGAGGAUACGCAGUCCCAGCGGAGUGAAGAGAAUCAGGGUAACGCGUCUCCUGAACUGUCCUCCAAUCCAAAUUCGCUUCAAAAAACCCUCACUGAACACAACCCUUCUGCGCGUCUCGAUCGGCGUCUCUCAUUGCGUUUGAAUAAUGGCCUCACGCGGGCCAGAAAUCUUCGUUCCAGACGUAUUUUCUCCAGGCCUCAAAUCACCUCUACAAGAGUUUUGCGUUCUUCAGUUAAUAAUGUCCAUGCACUAAUUAGUGUGGAUCCUCCUGCUACAGCAACAUAUGAUCAGUCUGCGCAAGCACUACCCGAAUCACUAAGGCCUUCUACAAAGCGAAAGUCAGAUGGCAUCUCAAGCGGUUCGGAUAACGGAAGCGUAACGAUUUUGAGUGAUGAGACAAAAGGUCUGCAUAAAGCAACGCUUGAAGAGUCUUAUUUGGCUAAACCCUCAAAACAAAUGGCUACCCGAGCUGUGAAAAAAAAUACGAUAGUAUCGCGUUUCACGGAUAAUAUUCAACAAGAGUCUGGGGAAGGGGAUUAUGGUUCAACUUUCACCAAAGCAGUUCGAUCCGUGAGACCAGUUACUGGAUCACCUAACUCUCUCGUGAAUAAUCAUUCUGCUUCAUUUGCUAGUGAUGGUUCCGAAAGGCGAUCGGAACGUGUGCUUCGUAGCAGCUUUGAAGCAGUUGACUUGGACUCCGUUCAAUCGUCCUCUAGGGAAGUUGAUUUCGACUCCAGUAAAUUGUUAGAUGGAAUUCCUCUUAACGUUGAAAUUAUUCCGGAUACCCUCUCAGCGAAUAGUUUGGAUCGUUUAGCAAAUACUCGUGAGAGUCAGGGUCACUCUGACACAUCAAGUUCUGCCUUCCUGAGAACUGGCAAACUUAAUAAUACCCCGCCAAAAUUUCCACUCAUGCAGCCAAGCCCGAGAGUCGACAUACAUGAAAUCCUCUCCCGAGUAGCCAAAUUCACUCGCCAACUUGACUCCUUCGCCCGCCGACACCGUCUCUCCUCCACCAAUGCGGCCCUCCUUCUCCACGUUACUAGCGGUGACGUCGAGGCUGCUGAUCGUGUGCUAACCGGAGCCAGUGCUAGUGCCGACAAUAGCCCUUCCCUUUGGUUUCCUUCUGACGAUGCCCGCCUUCUCUCCUUUUCCUCCACCGAUCUUCAUGCGGUAUACCAUAAAUUUGGACCGAAAGAGGUCUCUAGACGCCUCGUGUACCUCGCUGACCAGUGUUAUCCUGUUUAUGCAGCGAUGCCCUAUGGAAGACCGGUAUCACGCCGGCGUCGCAGAAGGUUUCAAGGAACAGAUCCAGCGUCAGUAAUGGUGGCGGCGAAGCGCGAGACCAGUAAAACGGCUCCUCGCGCCUCAACAGGGUCGGAAACCUCCGCUUCGCCCCACGAUGCUCAUCGCCACCAUCACCGACAGAGGGCGGUUUCAUCGGCAACGAUGGUGCCGGUAGCAGUGCCUUCGCCCGAACUGCUGCGCGCUGGCCACAAGGCGGGGGUGUGGCCACUGCGUGAACGCCUCAUUCUUGCCUCCGCCCUUCUCGAUACCGACAAUCAACAGCUCACCUGGCCGCCCAUCUCUCGACGUCUGGCCAAAUUCACUCCACCCGCCAGCUGCGGAUUUGUCCGACCUCCAACUUGGUGUUCAGCCAGGGCUUGUGCUAAGCAGUACUCCCUCCUGUUGGAUUCGGCUGAGAUGUUUAGAAAACAACAGGUGGAUGUGGAGAGGAGCGCGGAAGAGGGUCGGGUAGUGUUCCAGGCGCCAAGCGACGUAGCUGCCGCCACCGCCACUGUUGGUUUGAGUCUCGCCGAGUUCAUUGUUAAACGCCUCACCGUGGAACGUGUUGAGGAGCUGCGCAGUCAGAUUAUCUCUGCUCGCCAGAAGUACAGGCUCUUCAAAGAGAUGCUGGCAAAGGUGGAGAGCGGUGAGCUUGAUAACUGUAUGGACAUCCUCUGGGCCAACAUUCAAUGCCAACACGAGGACCAUUCCACUUCUGGGUCUGCUGAGCUCGCCGUGGACACACCGCCUGAGGUUGCGGAAUUCGUUCGCGAACUGAACAGCUGGACGGACCCGUUCGACGUCCCUUACUCUGUAUGGACGGUUUCUGGAGGCAGCGGCGCCGCUCUCCGCAGUGUACCCUCCAUCGCCAAGGUCACCACUCCGAAGAAAAUGCCUCCAGUUGCCAACAAACCGAAGUCGCCUCCAGAGAGAAGGCCCAGUGAUUCCAGUCGAAACUCAACCGCGGAGGCCGCUGAAGGCGAAGGAGAAUGUGAUGCAAGCGGUGAGAGAACUUCUACACCUUCGACAAGUGUCAUGUCAGAGUCCGAUCUGGAUUAUGGUGAGGACGCGUUGAAAGCGGAAAGUAUCGAUUCUGGCAGGCUGGAGGAGAAGGAGGAAGAGGAGUCAACAAUACCUCUUUCCUCUCGUGGUGGCAGUCCCAAAACACAACCUAAGGUCACGAAUUCCCCAGAUUUUCAGUCUUCCCCCACCGCUGCCCUCUCUCCACCACGUCUUGAUGAAGAGAUGUCGGAGGAGUGGAAAGAACCGAAGGCAGAAGGCGACAUUCAAGAGGAAGAGAACAUUCAGGAGGAAGAGAAAAAGAGAGAGGCGGAAAAAGAGGGUUCCUUCCAACCACGUAGCCUCCGUUUGCGUCUUAGUCGUCAGGAUGAUGGAAAUCUCUCUGUGGUACCUGAGACCACUUCUUCUUCCGCCGCUGUUGCCCCUACUCCUCCCACCUCGCCUCUGCGUUUGCGUCUCUCUCUUGUUCCCCCCAAGGUGAUGAAGGAUCAGUGGUCUGCGGAAAUUCUUGAGGAGGCCUUUCCCGACAUAAAAAUUGAGCAGUUUCACUCACCUCGGAAGAGAUUACGCUCUUCUGGUCGUAUAACUGACACUGAUUUGUACGAGGCAACCAAGUCGAUUCUCACCGCAGCCGAGAAGAGGACGUGCGCAGUGGCGAGCGGCGAGAAAUUGACGCAGCGCAAGAAGGUUUUUGUGCAUUCAGUGCUCUCCCAACUCGCGGGAGCCGUCUACACCACCCCUGCAUCCUCACUGCAACAGGACGGCGUCGUCAUCUCGGUAGAUGUGGCCAGAGCGGUGUACGCUCGUAUUACCUCCAUCCUGCAGCGUUUUACCAUUGAAUCCUCGUUAAAAAUUGAACAAAGCACAAAAAGCGGAAGUAGAAGAUCCUCCAGGAAGAAAUAG